CCUGCCGAGGGAGUUUUGCACGUGGACCCUUGGUGUCGGCGAGAUGGAGACAGUCCCAAGGCCGGGUAGGGAUGUGCCGCCCAAGAACGACAAACUUCAGGCUAAGAGGAAGAAGCCGCGGCGAUACUGGGAGGAAGAGGCCACUCCAACCGCUGCUGGGGCCUCUCCAGGGCCCCCUCUUACGAAGAGGAAGAAUCGAGAGCCCGGACCCCAGAGGCCAAAGAACAGUGGCAUAUCAAAGAAUUCUCGGAUCUCCAUGAAACCCCAUGUCCCAAGGAGGGCCCGAGAACCGAGGAGGCCGGAGCGGAGCUUGUCGGGGGCCCAGGACCCGUUCCCAGGCCCCGCCCCCGCCCCUGUGGAGGUGGCCCGGAAGUUCCGUCGUAUUGACAAAUCCAAAAAGCUCCCAUAUUCUAAGUCUAAAACCAGAAGCAAACUUGAGGUAGCUGAAGCGCAGGAAGAAGAAGCAAGCGUCAGAGCUGCUCGUUCUGAGUUGCUGCUUGCUGAGGAACCUGGGUUCUUGGAAGGGGAGGAUGGGGAAGACACAGCAAAGAUACGCCAGGCUGACAUUGUGGAAGCUGUGGACAUUGCAAGUGCUGCCAAGCACUUUGACUUGAAUCUGCGGCAGUUUGGACCCUACAGACUGAACUACUCUCGAACUGGGAGACACUUGGCUUUUGGAGGGCGUCGGGGUCAUGUGGCUGCCCUCAACUGGGUGACAAAGAAGCUCAUGUGUGAGAUCAACGUCAUGGAGGCAGUGCGGGACAUCCAGUUUCUCCAUUCUGAGGCACUGUUUGCAGUCGCUCAGAAUCGCUGGCUUUAUAUCUAUGACAACCAGGGCAUUGAGCUCCAUUGCAUCCGCCGCUGUGAUCGAGUAACACGGCUUGAGUUCCUGCCUUUUCAUUUUCUGCUGGCCACAGCUUCAGAGACAGGAUUUCUGACCUAUUUGGACGUGUCAGUGGGGAAGAUCGUGGCAGCUCUGAAUGCUCAUGCUGGACGGCUCAGUGUUAUGGCUCAGAACCCUUACAACGCCAUCAUCCAUCUUGGACAGAGCAAUGGGACUGUGUCUUUAUGGAGUCCAGCCAUGAAGGAACCCCUGGCAAAGAUUCUCUGUCACCGUGGUGGGGUCCGGGCUGUGGCAGUAGAUUCUACAGGCAUGUACAUGGCCACCUCUGGCUUGGAUCACCAGUUGAAAAUCUUUGACUUGAGAGGGACAUUCCAGCCUUUGAGUGCACGGACACUGCCCCAGGGAGCAGGACACCUGGCCUUUUCCCAGCGGGGACUGUUGGUUGCAGGAAUGGGUGAUGUCGUCAACAUAUGGGCAGGGCAAGGCAAGGCCAGCCUACCCUCCCUGGAGCAGCCCUACCUCACCCACCGGCUCUCAGGACAUGUGCAUGGUCUUCAGUUCUGCCCCUUUGAAGACGUGCUGGGGGUUGGGCACAGUGGGGGCAUCACCAGCAUGCUGGUCCCUGGGGCUGGUGAGCCCAACUUUGAUGGCUUGGAGAAUAACCCAUACAGGAGCCGGAAGCAGCGCCAGGAGUGGGAGGUGAAGGCUCUGCUGGAGAAGGUACCUGCAGAGCUCAUUUGUCUGGAUCCCCGAGCCCUGGCAGAGGUAGAUGUCAUCUCUUUGGAGCAGGAAAAGAAGGAGAAGAUAGAGAGACUGGGCUAUGACCCUGAGGCCAAGGCUCCUUUCCAGCCAAAGCCAAAGCAGAAGGGCCGCAGCUCCACAGCAAGCCUGGUAAAGAGGAAGAGAAAGGUCAUGGACAAGGAACACAGGGACAAAGUACGGCAGAGUCUUGAGCAGCAGCAGCAGCAGCAGCAGCAGCAGCAGACGCAAGAGAAAGCCAAGCCCACCGGGGCCCGGCCAUCUGUGCUGGACAGAUUUGCGCGCUGAGCCAGGCUCUCAGGUGGCCUGGGAACAACUUCUCCCUAAGAUCACUUGUAGGGAAAUGACUAUAUUCACUGGAAUAAGCGGUAAUGUGCCUCCCUUUCCCAACUGGGUGUGGAGAGCUGGCUCCUUGGAUAGGUCGAUAUUAAAGCAAGCACAUGAGACUUAAUUCUAG